CAGAGCUGUGGGCGGAGCCUCCUCGCUCAGUUCUUAGUGACGUAGAGUUAUCAGGGCUUUAAACCUGGAGUGAGAGGGACUGGCAGUGUGCUCUCACUGUAACAAGGCACCUGUAUGGGAGAGUACACUAUCCGCGUCCUGCGAGGAAUCUCUGUACUUUGCUGCUCCUGCCUUAUAACCAUGGAUCCCUUUUACCCAUAGACCAGCCUGGGAGCCAGCUGCACUGCUUGGGUGAGUAAAGAAAGCAGGUUUAACUUCAGAUACAUUCCAUGGCAGAACGCGUCCUUACCGGAUACAUUGUGUGCAUUCUAUGGCAGAACUCGUCUCACUCUCACCAGAUACAUUGUAUGAUUGUUCCUGCUAUCACUAGUAUUCCACAUACCUGUAAGGAAAUUGCCUUUAGUGCUGCUAUGAACUGAUUUGGUGCUUGCUGCAGCUGUGAGAGUGACUCUGUAGUUUGCAUAUUGGGAAUGCAUUGUGUCAUGUGUCUGUGUGACAAGUAAGGGCUUUAUUUCCAUUAACAAAACUAGAACCUCAUCUGUGGGGACUGCUCUGGUGAUGGGUAUUUAAAUGGGUCUUCCUUUGUCUCCCCUCUAUCUCUGGCGGUGUCCUGGAAUGUGGUCUUCUUCCUACAAAGUGUUUGUUUGAUAACCAGAUUAGAGCAGCCUCUUAUCUGUCUGGAAUCUGAUAGACUAAUCGACUUCAUUCACUGCCCACGUUACGAGCUGUCAUUAACCCCUCACUGUUCAUAAGCUGCAGAUGAUGGGAGUUGUAGUCCACCACAGCUGCAUUGCUACAUAUUUCCUUACUUCUACAGCGAGGACUUGUCAAUGUGUGUGUUGUAGACUGCAAAUCUCCUUAUCUUAUUCACAGCACACACUGUUGGUUAAUAUGCAACCAAUUAUUAGUAGGUAAAUCAUUUAGAGUGCUUGCUGUAUUGGACUGAAACUGAUAUACAAGCUCUCUGGUUGCAUAAAGACCUUUGAGCCACUUCUCUGGAUGGAAUAUAGUUGACUAUUCAAAUCACUAUUUUUUUUUUUUUUUUUUCUAAAAGCUUUCCUGUUGCCUGGCAGACCAGCCAAACACCUGGCAUUAGUGGGGCACUUUAUUUUAUUUAUUUGUUUAACUGCAACAUGUCAGUACAAUUUUAUAAGUUAUUGUAACAUUUAAACGUAUCUAGUUUUAGUAACUUUUCUAAGAUAACAUACUAUUUGGGCAUUUUAGCCAUUUAGUAUACAAUUUGAAAUUUAUUUUGAUAUUUGCACUCCACUCAUAUAUUUAAUUUGCGUUUUUAAAUGUUUUAUGUUCAGUGAGUGGGGGAUAGCUACAUUCAUUUAGUACUGCUAAUUUAUCAGGGGUGCAUUAUUUUAGGAGAGGGUAAAAACCACUCAGAGCAGUCAGGACUAAUAGAGAUGCUGCUGCCUAGCUGUUCCAUGAAGGUGGUACCUUAACCAAAAAAAUAAUAAUAAUCUGAGUGCAAGAUCAGUGCUGGAUUCAUUGGCCUUGUGCUUAAUGCUCGACUUUAAUAUACAUUUUAUAUUUAUAUAUAUAUAUAUAUAUAUAUAUAUAUAAUAUUAUUUUUUUUUGGGGGGGUGGGGUUCGUGUUUUAUUCUGUGUAGUACAGCAUGUGCCUAACAUAUGUCUGCAACUGGACUUUGCAGCCAGAUAUAAAACCAUUAUCACAUGCCUUUAUAAACUGGAACUUUCAAGAAUAUAAAUACAUUUUCACAAGCAGACUGAGGGAUACAGAAACUCACUGGGUACAAGUGAUCACAGCCCAUCCUGUGGGGCACAUGAAAUCCAUCCUGUGGGGCACAUGGAAUCCAUCCUAUGGUCUAUGGGACACAGAUAUGUGUGCAAUGGGCUUGUAGAAUUUCAUAUUUGAGAAACUUCAGUUGCUAUUGUUGACAGUUUAUAGUAACUAUGGUAUUCCCGAUAAAUUCAACGAGCCGAAGGAAAACCUCUAUGCCUUCUUGGCCAAAUGCUUGAAGUAGGGCACCUUGCAUAUACAGCAUCAACAAAUAAAAAGAAAAUUAAACAAAUCAAGCAGAAUGGGUCUUUUUACAAUGUUUGGGCCCCGUACUCCAGCUCCAGUGGCCCCUAACCCCUAUGUUAAUCAGACCCUGGCAUGUAGUGGACAGCAGGGGAUACACUGAAAUCACUCCUAGAUAUCACAUUAUUUGAGAACUAUUGGCCAUGUACAGUAGCCACUUAACUUAAGUAUGGAUAAGUGAAAUAACGCUGGCAGAGGGUACAGUGAACUUCGUACAUCUAUAGACUUUCUUUUAUUGAAAUAUAUUGUGUGGUAUAAAGACAAAUUUUAAUUGUAUAAUUGUAUAGUGUCUUUUCUUGCAAAUUCUAUUUCUUUCUUACUUUUAGAAUUAUCUUUCUAGACACAGACGAGUAAAGAUUUUUUUUUUUUGUGAACAGCCAAUAUUUAAUUAAAAAACAUACAAACAAAAAAAUCUGUAGCAAUUUCACUUCUAGAGAGACAUGUUAAACUUCAUUUAGAAUCAUAAAUGAGAGUCACGGAGCACUUUAUGGGUUAAUGUCAUGUGUUGGGGGGAUGUGUUCAGGGGAGAAAGGUUUUAUUGAAAUUAAUAGCUCAAUAUAAUUACCAUAUACAAAAUCAAUCAGUUAUUGACUUGUGGCACGUUUUGUUGGCCAUUCAUUGGCAAAUUGACUGCUAUUUUAUUACAUAAAUGAAAAAUCUUGAAAGAGUAGCUUUGGCCCAGGAUCAUGCCAAUAUUGCCCCCUUUACAAACCCAUGUUUUUGUCCUUCUGUGGAUAAGGUAUAGCAGUUUAGCUUGUCAGUUUUUUGUGGGAUGUACACAAUCCUCUUCAAGCAAAUGGUUUGUGUUGAAAGUAGAUGCUUUAGACUGAGACCAUGCAGGGGGCAGGGAGGUAUGUGACAUUCCUAAACUGACUGCAUUCCUAACUGUGUUCCUGUAGAUUUAUUGCAUUUUUUUAGUUUGUUGUUGUUUUUAGGCUCCUGAAAGCGAGUAUAUUUUCAAAAAUGUAGUCAAGUAAAAAAAAUUAAGGGCAACAAAUCACCCACCUUGUAAUUUUCAGUGCAUACACAAAUAUGUCUUCUGUAUUCCAGUAAUAUUUCAAUAUUUAUUUUCUUUACCUAAUUAAAGGUAAUUGUCACAAAGUGCUGAUUGUAUGUUUUUUACUUGAUACAAAUUGCACAUGUUAUAAUAUAUAUUACUCACCAGCCUACUUUACACAAUAUUUAUUUUAAUUAUCCAGAUCGAGAGAUUCAAGGUUGGGUUUUUUUUUUUUGUUUUUUUUUUAAGGAUUGGUGUAUAUAUAGUUGUCUUUCCUAGGGUCUCUGGUGAUUAAUAGAUAAAACAUAAUUUUACUACUUUCACAACAUUAACAGGCUGAUUUAAAUUGUUACAUAGUGAACGGCUUACACAGCAAGGUAGAAUCACUUUCCCAUGUCAUUUAUUGAGUCAUAGUAUACCUAACAUUUAACCAAGUUUUAUUGUGAGUCACACAGGCCCUGUGGUAUUUCUCAGUUCUGCAGAAAACAUAUGAAUGUCUGUAGCUCUGUGUUUUACAGCUGAUCUGUGUAUUUAUCCAAACUCCUCAGGCUGACUGAGCAUGUUAGGGCACUUAGACCAACUGUUGGGGAUAAGCUGGAGAUAAAACAUUUUGCUGUUUAUUUUGUGUGACAACUUAGUCUGGUAAAGAUUAAUUGUUGCCCAGCACUAAAGAACUGAUAGGAAAGAUUGCCCAUCUAUUCAAACCUCAAUGUACUGGGAAAAGAAUAUUUGCCAAUGUAGAUGUCAAAGUAUUAUUAUUAGUAUUUAUAUCGCACCAGCUUAUUCCGCAGCGCUUUACAAUAAAAGGAAAAUUUACCAAAUGAGACAAUAACAAAAUGUAACAGGAACAAUAGGUAGUUGAGGACCCUGCUCAAACGAGCUUACAGUCUAGAGGAGGGUAUUGAGAGAGACAGCAAAUAGACAUGGUGGGAAAGUAGCAGAACUGGAGGUGAGAGUGGAGUGUGGCCUUAUAGGAGAGAGUAAGAGGAUUUCCUGGAAAGAUGGGUUUUGAGGGACUUCUUAAAGGAUUGAAGACUAGGGGAGAGUCUGACAGGGGUGUUUAUAGCACAGUGUCCCUGUGGGUCAGGUUUAUGUUCUCGGUAAACCAAACACAUGCCUCUGUAUCAGUAGCCAUGCCAAACCAACCCUCUUGCAGGGUGGUAAUCAACCUUUUUUCAAACCCGACCUUCUUCCAGUAGAUCCUAGUUAAAUGACACAUUGUAUGAACAAAUUGUUGGUCAAUGCAUUAAGUGUUGAACCAACAUGUGUGUUACUUCGAUUGCAGUCUCUGAUAUCUAAUUGUUUACCAUGCCAUAUUUUUUUACAUUUUCUAUACAAAUGUUUCUGUAAUUUUUUUUUUUGCAAAAAAGUUUGAAAGGCAAAGCGAAAGGCUAUAUUUUUCUCAAGAGAUGUCAACUGGAUUAGUAACAUUUUCUCCUGACUAAUAAAGUUAAGUGAUAUACUUGUAUGCAAUUUUUUUUUUAUUCUUGUGUGUGGACAUAUUCUCCUCUACCUAAUCAUAAUUCUGGAGGGCAAGUUUUAUAGAUAACAACAACUAUAGUUUGGAUCAUCAAGAUAACUGUCACAUAUUGUGUUAUGAAAUUCAAAAAUGUGUAGAUGUGUCUCCACUGUAGUAUUAAGCUUUUGUCUUUAUUACAUCUUACAUGUGUUCUUCGAGAUGAGCAGAUAAAUGUUUUAUGGAUCUUUAACCUUCCUAUCAUACAUGCUUAUCUUUGUUAUUCUUUAGAGUGCUCCCAUCAAAAAAAGUUUGUAUAAAAAAAAGUAGAUUUUAUGAUGUUGGCACCAAUUAGUGAAAAGUAGUCUCGUAAAUAAUCUGGAGAGACCUCUGACCGUGUAUUGUAUUAAGUUUAAGAAAAUAAAUGAUUGGAGUCUAUUGUGUAGACUGAAAUCCUCAGAAUUAAACCUACACUUUUUACACAAUCCUUAGCUUGAAGUUCCUAACUUAAUGCUUCUUAUGUGUACAAAGGGUUAACUAAACCCCUUGCUUCUGUUAGUAUGUGUGUGUCUGCUAGUGAUUGUAUGUGUCUGUUAGUGAGUGUGUAUGUCUGUUAGCUAGUGUAUGCGUGUCUGUCAGUGAAUGUGUGUGUGUGUGUGUGUGUGUAUUUAGAAGGGUGGGGUGGCACGGGGAGGGGGAGGGAGGGUUGAGUUUUGUCAUGCCUAGGGCAGCACAAAACCAGGAUACACCACUGUAUAUACCUGCUCCUCAGAAUUAUCACAUGUUAUGGGUACUUAAAGAUUAAUGCCAUACCACUGCUAAACUCCGAUAUUCCUCUUAGAUAGUGUGUGUUCUUGUUUUUGUACAGUACGAUAUUAUGUGUUAAUUGCUUUAAAACCUAAUGAUACAGUGCUCAAAGCUCAGACUCAACUCAGUCUUCAGUCUACCAAGUCAGAUCCAAAGAGUACCACUAGAUGAUAUAUACUAUGCUCUUAAUAUCAUCUUAAUCAGCUGUCAUCUUUGUCACUUAAAGGAACACUAAAGAACUAGGACUACAAAGCUCCAAGCAGGGACGCUCAGAGGUAUGCUGUAAGCACACAGUACUGCAGUGGUUAUGCUGGAAAUAGUUCUUAAAAAGAGGGAACAAAAGCCAUUGGGGUGACACCCAAAUAAUGUGUCAAAUACUAGGGCAUUCAUUGAGUGGGGUAGGUGAAUUAGCCUUGCAGAAUGUCAUAACCGCCCAUUUAUCCCUACAAUGACUAGAUGACUUUUGAUGAAAUGUAUAUAAUUUAAACUUUACAUUUUCUGUGCAGCAACAAAGGGCUAGGCCCUAGGUUCUAGAAGAGCCUUAAAUGGAAUGUACCAUAACCACUACAUUGAGCUGUUUGCAACUCCUCCUGUAUUGUAAGCUCAUUCAAGCCGGCUUCCUCAUUAACAUAUUGUUCCUUUCAACUCUUGUAAGAGUUCCAGGGCUUUUCACUAAACUGACAAUUGACAGGAAUUCAAAUGGAAUUUCAGAUUGGAGGUCAGAAUAACCAAGCUGAACGUGGAAUAGACAUAAGGAGUAUUUAUCUAAUGCAGGUAUUUUAACCUAACUUUCAAAAUUCACUUUGAAUUCCCAGCAGUUCUCCCUUUAGUGGAUAACCAUGUGAGACUCAUUUACUGUUAAAUACUUCCUUUUUACUUGUAAUAUGUUGCGGAGUAAGUUGGUGCUAUAUGAAUUCCAAUUAUGACCAUAAUAAAUAUCUCAAUUACUGUAAUCAAUUAUUUAUAAAGUACCACCAUUUUCCUCUGAGCUAUGUAAUGGUUCCAUGAAUCACAGCCCAACUCACAAGUUUGACUUUAUGAACAAGAGUUAGUGAGUGAUCUGCACAGGAUAGUUUACUAUCUAAGGGAUUGAACACAAUGAUGUGUGUGUGUGUAUGUAUGUAUAUGUGUGUGUGUGUGUGAAACUCUUGUGACCUAUUCGUUAACAGGACUAUAGACACAAGCCCUGAAAGGCCAAAAGACCAAAUCAACUUAAUUUUGGCAUUUUUGCUAUAUUUUCUUAAACAAUAGUUUCCUUUCACAAGUAUUAAAUGGGAUGCUGUCUGCUAAAGGUGAUUUGGCAUCUAAAGAUAAGUAGUAAAAAAAAAAAAUAGAAAAAGUGGGAUGAGAGAGGGUAAAAUGGUGGCAAACUGGGUUUAGGUUUGAUAUUGGCUUCUUGACCAUUUCCGCAACCCCCCCACCCUUACUGCAAUUUUCCCUUGCUAUCCACCUCUCUGAGAGAUGUAUUCCGUCCUGAGAAACCAGCUCUAGGGCUUCAUCUGCCUGGAUUUCCUAAACUUUGCUAGACCACUGCUCUUCGUGUUGCUGGACUUUUCCAGAGGGCAGGCACAAGCGAUUUUUUUUUUUUUUUUUUUUUUUUAUACGGCAUUUAAUAAAUGAAAUAUUGAUAGCAGGAGCACGUUAUUUAAUUCAAACGGCUAUGCGUCAGCAGUCCCACCUUAUAUACUUUAGUGUCCCAACCUCACCUCCACACUCCAGCAGUGGUUCUCAAGCUAGUCCUUAAGUAGCACCUAAAAGUCCAGGAUUUAGGGAUUACCCAAAUGUUUUUAGAAGAGAGAGAAAAAAAACACCUUAGCCAUAACAGAGUAUUCCCUAAAUCCUGGACUGGUACUUGAGGACUGAGUUGGGAACCCCUGCUCUAGAGGGCUGCUGCUUGACAAUAUUUCCAGUAGUCAUGAAGUGCAAAUCCUCCCUUAGCCCUCAGAAAGCAAAGGGUUUUAUCCAUGGUCUCUCCCCUCCCUAUAUGUAUGCGAUCACCACAUUUUCUUCUUUCUCCUUUUGUGCAUCCACAAAUUGGGGUUUAUUUACUAAAUAUUAAAUUGGAGAGCACCAAACCAUGGUAAAUGUGAAAGUUGAACUGUGAUAUUUCCUGUAGCUAUGAGCAGUGUUUAAUUUCAGCACUGCAAUCAGCUAAGUUGACAUUGUUAGGUCACCAAUAUUGGCCCCAGCAGGCAGAGGGAGACCCAGAUAUUGAAAUUUACUAGGGUAUCCCUUGUUCACAAGCCCCAUUCGGGAAAACUUGCUUUAUAUAAUUUUUCAGCAAUGAAACACUGGAUCCCAGAUGAAGUUAUGUCAUCACUGGGAAGGCAAGGUGUUAUGUAACCAUACAUGUUUGAUUUGUUUAAGAACUCAAUAAUGUUUAUGUGAAACCAUAAAAUAAACUCCUCUAGCUAUUUUUAGAAGUAGUAUAAUUAAUUGAAAAGAUUCCACCAGUGUGUAGCUUAGGUGCCAUGUGAUCUCAAUAUUACACCUUCUUCUGGAAAGCCUUGGUGAGCAUAUUUUACCAGCCAGUCCCCAGCACAGUUCAUCUAGAAUUGUUGGACAGAAUGACAAUCACACAAUAAUGUGGAAGUCUGGUUUCUGCAUGGUAAAUGUGACAGAAGAAGGAAUGGGCAAUGGGUGCCAGGAAUUUUUUGUGUAACUUGUUUGAUAAAAAUUUUGAGACCGUACCCUUAGACUUGUAGCAUCAUGACUACUAUACUGAGCUGUAGUUGUUAUGGUGUUUAGAAUUCCUCUUUAACUGUGUAACCCUAAAGAGCAACAUUUAUUGUAAUAAAAACAUGGGGGUAGUAAUGCAUAAAAAGUACACAGAUAAAAAUCGUUUUAAAUAUGUUAACAAAAAAGCAUAUAAUAUUGUGAUCCUGAUUCUACUAUAUACAGUAUGUCAAAUAGCUUGACAAAUAUCUGAGGGAAUUUAUCCACUAAAUAGUAUGGUAUAUGUGGAGAGAACCAGUGAAGAAAUAAUAGUGUAGUAUUUUAAAACUGUAGUAGUGAUAGGUAAGAUAAAAGAUGUGCACUCACACUUUCCUGGAGCUUCAAUAUAGCUCCAGUGUAUGCGCCUGGGUGGAAUAAUCCCCACCUAUGGAUCAAGUGCAGAGGUAAUUCUUCGAAUUAUAGGUGUGGUAGGGGUCAUUGUCAUAAAAAGUAAACAGAUAAAAAUUGUAUAUGGUGAUAUAUGUAGAGCUAUGAAGCAAGGGUAGGUAAAAACGAUAAAAUGUACACUCACGUGUAAUGGAGCUGUACAACCUGGCUCCUCUGAUAGCGUUUGAAGUGGUAUGAUUCCCCCCUCAAGGAUACAGGUGUAAAUCUAAAUUCUUCUGUCUUUGUAUAUGUGGAGAUAAACAAACAGAACCACAAUAGUGUACACCAUAAAAAGGAGUGUAAGCAGAAAUAAAUAAGUUAAACCUACUCACAUGCUAAAGAGCAUGUUCUGUUUUGCUCAAUCCAAAGCACUUGGGUGGUAUGAUCCCCACCAGGGAUAUAGCUCCAAACCAUCCAAAAGCAGCAAAGUUAGAUCCAAUUAAAAAAGUAAUACACUAUAUAAUAAAAUAGUGAUAUCAAAGUUAUAAACAAUACACUUAACGCGUUUCUCCUUGGAUAGGCUUUAUCAAAAGUGUAUUUUAUUGUAAUGAUUUCUUACAGUUUUCACUUAAAUGGGAAUUACAACUCCAUUCUCUCUGUCAAAUGAACUAAUUACGUUUGAUUAUGUCAUAAAACCUAAGCAAAUGUUUUCAAAUAUGUUAACAAAAAAGCAUAUGAUAUUGUGAUCCUGAUGCUACUAUAUACAGUAUGUCAAAUGGCUUGACAAAACUCUGAGGGAAUUUGUCCACUAAACAGUAUAGUUAUGGUGCAUGGGUUAUCACUUAAAGCAGGGGUUCCCAACGCAGUCCUCAAGUACCCCCUACCAGUUUGGAUUUAGGGAUUACCCUUGUUUUGUCGAAGGUUUUCCUUAACCCCUUAAGGACACGUGACAUGUCAUGAUUCCCUUUUAUUCCAGAAGUUUGGUCCUUAAGGGGUUAAAGGAACACUAUGAUCUACAGAUAUGCCCCUUCUCGGUCUCUCCACUCUGCCGUGACCUUCUCCUGUCCGCUGCUCGCACCCAUAUGGCCAACUCAUGCUUGCAGGACUAUUCGCAGGUGGUUCCUUUCCUUUGGAAUAGCCUGCCUAUGACCAUCAAGCUCCCCCCUAGUCUGCAUCUUUUAAGAAGUGCCUUAAAACCCAUCUCUUUAAGAACGCUUAUAGCCUCCCAGACUAACCUCUCCCUCACACACUUGUGCCUUGCUCUCUCCUAAAGGACAGCACUCUAUUCUUUCCUCCAGCUCUGCUUCACUCCUCCUUGUUUGAUUGCUAUUUCCUGUCCUGUUGUGUUUUAUGCCCCACCUCCUAUAGAUUGUAAGCUUCUUUGAGCAGGGCCCUCUUCCACCUAUUUUUGUAAUUGUCUCAUUUAUUUUUAAAUCUCCCCCUUUAAUAAUAUUGUAAAACGCUACAGAAUAUUCUGGCGCUAUAUAAAUACCCGUAAUAAUAAUAUUAUAUUGGGAAUGCAUGUUUUCCUAACACAAUCUUGUUCUUUUAGCUGUUUAUGUUACUGUCUCCUCUCAUUUGCAAUAAAAAAAAAGUGUUAAUCACCUUUCAGCACUCGCCAUGCUGUUAGCCAUGUUGUUGGCCUUGCCUCCAUGAUUGAGAGAAUCAAAACUGAUCUUGGAUUAUACACUUCCACUUUGGGAGUCGCAUGUGCAGCAAAACACCAUACACCAAUCGUAUGUUGCAGUAUUUGUCUAAUACAGAGUUUGACUUGGUUAUAGCAGUGGCAGUGCCUCUAGUAGAUGACUUCCUAAUUGCCACUAGAGGUGUGUUAACGCAACAAUGUAAAUAUUUCCUUUCCUGCCGACCGGCAAUGUUUUACAAUGCAGAGUUAAAAUGGCAGGGGUAUUUCAUUGAGAUGAAGUGUUCUGAGAAACUUUACUGUCCUUUUUAAACAAAGAAUUCGAAAGCGUUAGGCUAAAAUAGCCAAGUUUUAGAUUUGUAUUCUUCUCCCAACGACCAGUUAAUUUUACCUUAAGAUCAUAUAUGACUUGGGUGUUUCCCUUCCUUACUAUACUUUUUUUGUUUUGUUUUGUUUUGUUUUUGUUCACUGCAACAUGUUUUAUUACUCUAGAACUCCUCAAUGACUUUUUUUCACCAUAACAUAACAUAAUCUAAUCUGAAGGACUCUAUCUUUAUACCUUUAUGAAAAGCAUGCAAGUGUGAGAAUCAGGGCAAAAGUCAUUCCACUGCAACAUUGUUCCCGGCAAUAAAGAGUUUGCAUGAUUAAUGUUUAACAUGUUAUCUCGUUUAGUAUUAGUUUUAAAAAAAAUCCACAUUUAAUUCUAGCUCAGAAAAUUACUAGUGGCUUUCCAAUAUUUAGCUAAUAUAAUUUUCAUACAUAUUUUAUUAUGAAUAACUUUACUAUUAGUACAGUUGCUGUGUUUUUUUUUUGUUGUUUUUUUUUGCUUUUUUUGCACCAAUUCAGGGAAUGAUCUACUAAACAGCUAAAGGAUAAAAAAGCCCCUUGCACUUAAAAUAAAGAAUAAACCACACAUGUAGAUUAAGCUAUAGUUUUUUUUUCUUCUCUGUAUUGUGAAAAGCAUUGUAGACCUGCAACAGUGAGUCAUUGUGACCUUGUCUUCAAAGGAAUAUUGUAGUUCUCCUUUAUCAAAUCAUGUUUUGUGUUUGCGCUUAAAGCAUGCGGUGUUUGUCUAGUAUUUGAUUUUGGCACCUCUGUAUUGCACUGUGUGGGGUUUUUCUUCUGUUUGUGUGUGCUAUAUUAAGGCUGAACCUACAUGCAGCAAAACUACAGAUCUUGAUCAACCAAAUCCCAAACCCAAUGUAUUUUUCAGUACUGAUUAUGAACCUCAGUGUGAAACCUUAUUUAUUUUGUAUAUUCUGAUAGAACACGUGCUUAUCUUCUCUUUUUAUACCUCCUCUGACCUGAAUUUAUUAUUGGGUAGUUAGUCAAUUGAGUUAAUGUAGAAGGACUCAGCAGGUCAAUGCAUUAAUUAGCUCUGACUCAGCUAUUCAUAGUGGUAUAAACCCCCUAAUAUAGAGGUGGGCGCACUUGAGUUGAUUUGGAAUAGCUCAUUAUAUGUUUUAAGAACAUCUUACUAUUUGUGAUGUGUGUCUAAGCUAAAAUGUUUUUCACACUGCAUUUUGGAUUGUUUUUGAUUAAGAAAAAUAAUUUUUAUUUUGUAUAUUCUAAUGUUCCAAUUUUAACAAAUCGAUAGUGUGUGAGUGAAGAAGCACAACUUGCUUCAUUUGAACAUAGUCAGUCUCAUAUAGAAGUAUCCUUUUUGCUGAGGGACCUGCACUGGGAGUUUAAUGAUCACUUGCACAUCAGAAAGGCUCUGUUUGGUAUAUCACCUCAGCAGUGCAUAAUCAAGCCGGCUCCAGGCUGUGUCACCGUAAGAUUCAUCUCAAACUGCGUCAAAUCAUUUGCUGUAAGAAAAAAAAUUGAAGUUGAAAAACUAAUGUACUAUUAUAUAUAUUUAAUGAUGUGUUAAGGAGGUUAAAACCACCCAUGUCAGUGCUUAGCGAUACAAAGUAUUAUUUGCUAAACUUUAAAUUGAAAUCCAGAUUGAAAGAUUUUGGCUAAAACAUCAAAAAUUUGGCUAUAGCUUAAGAGUUUACUGAAUAACCCCGGCAGCGGUGUUCAAGUUGUUAAUACAGUGACCACACAUGUAAGCAACGCAUGGCAUAGAACAUUAAAAAAUCAAACCUAUAGAGUUAAUAAAUAAUAAAAAAUAUAUAGUGUGUGUGUAUAUAUAUAUAUAUAUAUAUAUAUAUAUAUAUAUAUAUAUAUAUAUAUAUAUAUAUAUAUAUAUAUAUAUAUAUAUAUUUUUUUUUUUAUUUUUUUAUUUUUUUUUUUUUGUGCAUCUAAAAUCAAUUAUUAUUGGUGAUUAUAAUAAAUAAACUAAAAUGAUGGCUAGAACACAUGAAUAACUGCAGCCUCCUCCAAUCUAGAAUGUUUCCAAGUACACUAACUAGGAGAAAUUGUAAAAUGUACCUUGAGCCUUUUAGUUAGUAAGCCAAGCCUUCCCCGAUAAGUAAGUUAUACCGUUCUCUAUGUAUCAGCCUGCAGCCAAAGUAAAGUCAUCCAAUUGUUCUGCACUUUAUGAACUUUUUUUUUUUUUUUGUUCUUCAUUUAUUUACAUUAAAUCCAGCAAAGUGCUAGUAACAUUUCUUCAGCAUUGAUUAAUGUCUAAGUGGAAAGAGAAAUUGAAGACCAGAAGAAAAUGGCAGCGAAAGGUCAGGAAGUUGAAUACUACCUUUAGUUAUAAAACAAUUGUCUGAAGGAUGGGAAAAAAAUGCACGAGGCUGGAAAAUCGUACUCUAGACUCAUGUUCAUUGCAAUGGAAACAAUAGAAAAUGUGUAUAUCUACAGGAAAUGAUCUUUUUGCCACUUUAUUAUGUAAAGCUGUGCAAAAAAUUACCUUUGUAAAAGUCUUUAGACUGUAGGAUUUGGGGAAAAAAGUGUUUUAAAUGUUUUUUUGUUUUUUUAUAUUAAUCAGGGUUUUUAAUAAAACAGUUAGCUCUUGUCUCACACUAUCUUAAAGGGAUACUAUAGUCACCAAAACAACUUUGACUUAAUAACGCAGUUUUGAUUUAUAGAUCAUGUGCCCUCAGGCUCAGUGCUCAAUUCUCCCUGCAUGUGACUUACACAGCCUUCCUAAACACUUCCUGUAAAGAGUCAUGUAAUGUUAACACUUCCUUUAUUCCGAAUUCUGUUUUAAUUUAAAAUUUCUUAUAUCCUGCUCUGCUAAUAGCUUGCUAGAUCCUGCAGAAAUCUUCUGUAUGUAAUUAAAGUUCAAUUUACAGAGAUGUAAAUACAAGCUUUUAAAGUAAGAUAGAUCUGGGAAACCAUUUGUUCAUGCAGUUGUCAGUUACAGCCAGGGGAGGUGUUGCUAGGGCUGCAUAACAGAAACAAAAAGCGACUUACCUCCUAAAUGGCAGAGAAUUGAGCAGUGAGACUGCAGGAGUAUGAUCUAUAAACCAGAAUUGCAUUAUUAAGCUAAAGGUGUUUUGGUGACUAUAGUGUGUUUCUAUAACUGACCCUGUGUCUGUAUGUGUGUGUAUAUAUUUCCCAUGGCAUCUCAUGGGGGAAUCAAAUGUCUUUACUCUGGCUGUAGGUUUGGAGCUGGUCAGUGAAAGCUUUUGAUCUCAUUUAUUGACCAGGAGAUAAACACUUUGUGACAAGUCCCAUUUAUGCAUUAACAUAGCAGUCUAGCACCAUUUAUUUGUCAAGCCCUGCCUUUUAUGUUGUGCUUUCAGAUUUACAAAACUGUGAUUUUGUGGGAGAGGGGGUGGAAUCCUAAUACAAUGGAACCUCGGAAGUCUAACUAAAAUUUUGCGUAAUAAAACGUCUCGUUACGCGAACGAUUCUUGGUACCUGAACACAUCACACUGUAGUCACAGAGGGACACAAGUGCAGGCAAGCAUGGGAUACAAGUGUGAGAUGAGGAAAUAUGGGCAGAUGGACUAUGGAAAGGGAUAUAGGGAGAGGAAAACCAGAAGGCAGAGGGACACAAAUAAAGGGUGAAAGGGUGGACUGAAUUAUUAUGCAAGGAGAAAGAGGAAAAUAUGAGGAGAAGGAUACCAGAGGACAAAGGGACCAUGUAAAAAAAAAAGUGCACCAUGUAAUCUUUUAACACAAGAAAUAUUAGCCUUGCUUUAAUUCUUUUGAAGCUUCUAGUAGAAUCACUUUCUGUUGGAAAAAUAUUUUCAAUUUUUAUAUGCAAAUUUGUAUUUUUUUACUGAUUGUGACCCUUCAAAAAGCUUUUAGAAACACAUUAAAUCAAAGCCUUAGUACUUAGCACCAAAUUACUGUUUAGUUUUGGAUAAAUCACACUGUCUGCUAUAAGCCCUUCUACCUACAUACCUUGUUACUGUCACAUUAUUCUUUGUAUUUCAUACAAAGCUGUAAACCAUAUUAUAUAGAGGGACUUGGGGGUGAUUACCUCCUUUUAUAUUUAAAGGAACACUUCAAGCACCAUAAUCCAUACUUAUUGCAUAGGGUGUGUUGACUUAGGUCCUCGUGUCCGUAUCGCCUCGUUUCUUCUAAUGGCAGCAAUUUUCUAAUAUUACUAUAGCUCUAAUUUGCCCCCUUUCCCUCUGAUGUCAAAAGAGGAAUCUAUAUUCCCUUUUUUGACUGGUACAAAUACUUAUUGCACAUUGUCAUAUAGUUGUUUACACUCCUGUUUGGUAUCUCAGUGAAAGGUCUUUGCCUGCAUGGCUAGUGGCCUGGAUGUGACCCCACAACCAGUAAGAAAGGAGAUGUCUGUACUUGAACUUCACCCUUCUCUAUAACUCAUUCAGCCCUUGGCAGAGGAAGCUGCAUCACUUCUUUAUUCUCAUGCAUAUGCAAAAGCACACAAUAAAGGUCUGUGGAAGGUCCUGCACAGAUGUCCUCAGAUAUCUGUUGCAUGUAGUUUAAGAAGAUUCCUGUACCCAUUAGCCUUAGCAAGUGAUAGGUUACAGAUAAUGUCUGGAUGUGGCAUGCAACAGAUGAUUUCCGGAAGACAAAGUAGUCACUGCAUUGUCCUAUAUACCUUUUAUUUUUUUUUUAUUUUUUUAUUUUUUUUAUUGUGUUGGAAUAUCAUUGACGUUUUAUUUACUCCUUAGAUUUUAUCACUACAAAAGAAAUCCCAUAAGUGACAGUGCCACUUUGAAGUUAAUUUUGUUUCAUUUUUUUUUUUUUAAUAUACAUUUUUUUUUUCACCUUUUCUGUCACUUUAAGCUGUUUACAGGCCAUUGGAGUAUCUACCAGGCUUAUUUUAAAGGGUGGGUAUCUGCCAUUUAAGUAAUCUUGUGUCUUGUGUCAGUAUUUUACCAUCUUAUUUUCUUUAAGUAGCUAUGUUAGAGUAUAUUAUAGAGAGAGUGUCAGGUUACUGUUAACACUAGUGGGGGGUAACCUCUAUAGAUAAUGAAAACAAACAUCUAUAAAAAGGAGAAGUGGAGGGAAUUCACUCCAACUCUAACUUUCAUUAUAGAAAGCAACCCACAAAUAUAGAAAAGGAAUAAAAAAAAAAAAAAUAUAUAUAUAUAUAUAUAUAUAUAUUUGUGUAAGGGGCAAAAUAGCCGUAUAUGGAGUAAGGAUCCAGCAUAAGCUUAGGAUAGUGUAAAGGGAGCAAGUCGGUUGUGGUGUGCCGAUACCGACGAUACGGUAGGCCUGUAAAUAAAGAGGGCCCACCAAGGAGUAAGAAAGUAAAGUAAAUGGAAAGAAAAGAGAAAGUGUUGAAAUGAGGAGUGGGUGGGAGGGUCAUUCUGAUGCUGACCUCAAGCGAUAUGAGUCAGGUAAGGGGUGUCCCUUAUAUAGGGGAGUGAAUUAAUUUAAGCCCCUCCCACAAAUACAGGCAAAACUGCCUUAAUACAUAUAUAUAUAUAUAUAUAUAUGAAAACUUAGCAUUUAUUAGUAUAGCUAAAAUGAUCCAUAGAAAGGGCAAAUAUUUAGUUGCACCAAAAACAAGUGAAAAAUAAAUAACACAAAAAUCUACCAGACGUAUGUAGUAAAUAUCAUGGCUAUUUACAUAUAGAGUAACUGCUGUGAGUCAUGUAGCUAGUACAGAUGCAAUGUAACUACCCAGCUAAUAUCGAGUACAGACAGAAAAGACCAGGGGAGAAAAAGGUAAUACUCUCUUGUAUCGAAGGUCUGGAUACAAUGACGGAAUAGCUGCAGUAAAUACAUCAAAUGGAAAAAUCCCUAUAGUGCCUUCAUGGGCACCCCUGCAGAUACUGAAAUAACAGCUAUUGUGCAUUCGAGGGCACCCCUUAAAAAAACAACCCCAUCCUCCCCCCCGUAAGUUACUCUGUCUGAAACUAGAUAACUAAAUAGUAAAACAAUGGGAAAAAGAAAAAUGAUGAAAGUGAAUAGAAAAAAAGAAAAGUAUUAAAUAUAUUUAAAAUAUGAGGUGGCAAUCAAAAGUAUCAAUAUAAAAGCUGCAGCAUUGUCCCCAGAUCCAAGCCACCCUCAUUUGUGUGUGUAUACAAUUUUUAUUUAUUUUUUUUCUGAUUUACUUUUCUAUAAUUUUGGAUUGCUUUCUUUUAUGAAAGUUAGAAUUGGAGUGAAUUCCCUCCACUUCUUUCAUAGAUGUUCGUUUUUGUUUAUUUAUUAAUUUUAAGUAGUAUAUAUUCAAUACUUGUAGGCAGUUACAUUUAUACCAGUUUUUAAAUUCUUUAUUUUUUAAAAACAUUAUUUAUUUUUUUUGGUAAGAAGGACACAGCACAUUGAACACUUCUUUACAUUUCAUUUGAGCUGCCGCUAACAAAGUAAUAAUUGUGAUCGUUUCAACAACGCUUGCUUAGAGCAGAGUUUGGAAAUGUUGUAGUGCAUCAAAAUGACAGCCAAAACUGUGGCGGCUCAAUGUUUGCAAAUGUUAUGGAAAGUACACUGUAUAAAAAUAACAAACAUAGGAUCCCAUUGAACAGUCUGUACAUAGAGCCCCUUUCAGUUUCCAGAAUUAAUGUUUUUGGAGGAAUUUGUUGAUUUCCUUUGGAACUGACAAGAUUUGUGAGCAAAUAGAGAGAAAAUUUUGUGUAAUAGGAAAACAAAUGUGCAUCUUUAUUCCACUAAAUCUAAGAAAAAAUAGAGCCUGCCCAUUCAUCAUUCAUAAAAUGUUACUUACUAGGUGAUGGCAAACCUCACAUGCAAUUAGAAUUUAAUUUUUAUUGGAUAGGUGAAGUAAUGAAACACACAUAAACCUACACGUUAAGGGACAUAUUCUGGGUUGGAAUGUUUAUAGCAUUACAAAGGUAAAUAUAAAUAAAAAAUAUAUCACAUUCUUGCCUCUAAUUUUAACGAUUUGAUGGCCUUCUCAGCCAAUUCUGGUUUUCUUUUUAUUUGGGAUCAGAGACCAAGCCAAGGGAGUUGUCAUCAUAAGGGGUUUGACAUUCCUUCUAGCCAACACACUAAUUUUUUAAGUAGCUCUGCAUAUACCAAAUCCUUUAAUAUGAAGUUAAUCAUUUAUCUUUCAUUGUUGUAGUAUUGAAAAAAAAAAGCUGUUAAUAUAUAUAUUAAAAAUAAAAUAAUAAAAUUAAAAACACUAUACUAUUGUAUAGGUCCCUUUAGUAAUUUAUAUUAUGUAUUUAUACAAGUCACAACUUAAAGGACCACUCUAGGCACCCAGACCACUUCAGCUUAAUGAAGUGGUCUGGGUGCCUGGUCCAGCUAGGGUUAACCCAUUUCUUUCUAAAAACAUAGCAGUUUGAGAGAAACUGCUAUGUUUAUGAAUGGGUUAAGCCUUCCCCUAUUUCCUCUAGUGGCUGUCUCCUUGACAGCCGCUAGAGGCGCUUGCGUGCUUCUCACUGUGAUUUUCAUUAUGAAUUCUUUCCUAUGUGACCGGCUGAAUGCGCGCGCAGCUCUUGCCGCGCGUGCGCAUUCAGCCUAUGGGGAGGAGAAGAGGAGGAUCGGAGGAGGAGAGCUCCCCGCCCAGUGCUGGAAAAAGGUAAGUUUUAACCCCUUUCCCCUUUCCAGAGCCAGGCGGGAGGGGGACCCUGAGGGUGUGGGCACCCUCAGGGCACUAUAGUGCCAGGAAAACGAGUAUGUUUUCCUGGCACUAUAGUGGUCCUUUAAGAAAGACAAAAGGCAGAACUUAAUAACGGACUUUUUAUUAUAAAGAAAAAUUACCACAGUGCAUAAAUUAAAAAAACACUGCACCAUGCAAAUAAUUUAAGUGAAAUAAAAUCGGAGAAUUUAACAGUGAGCUCUAAUACUUACUGUUAUAGGGAAGUAGUGUAUUUUCUUUCACAAUAAUACAAUUCAAUACGAAUUUGAAUUGAAUUGCAAAGUUCCUAGGUAUCAUUAGAUAUUGUACAUAUUUGGUUCAGGUUUUAGACAUGCCCUCCAGUCUUAGAAGGAGAAAUCAAUGCAUUCCAAACCAAACUGAAGUUAUACAACAACGAUAAUGUUGUGCGGGUAUUUCUAAUCUCUGUAACCAGGUUUUAUCAUCUCUAGUUAAUCUAGACAAUUAAUUUGAUACCAAAUGUGAUUAUAUCUUUCAUAUCUAAUGCCCUAAAAGUAACACUGCUUCUAUAAAACACUUCACGGACUUGGAAGCAUCUAUUGAACAUAGCACGAGAAGAUGCCUGUUCUCAUCAGCCUUUGUGAGUGGCAGCUGAUGAGGAGUAGGCAGACAUGGAAGGUUAAAGCUAAUUGAAGCUCUGCCUUUUGCUUUAGCAUGGUGUCAGCAAAUACCGUGUACAUACAUUGCAAUUACAUUGCGUGAAGCUCAUGGAAUUGGUUACUUUAGGAAAAAGUCAACAGGCAGCGUAUGUACCCAGUUAAAUUGUCAUUUGUUUAGUGUUUUUUACCUCAUUAUAAAUGUGUUGAUUGAUGGCCACAAAGUGCUCUGUCAAGGCUAACAUGUCAUUUAAGACUUCUAAUCCUUUUUAGUGCUAACAUUUGCACAGUAUUGUAAUAUGUGUCUUGAACCUGGUUUAGUCAAAGCAAUAUUACAAUUUGGUGGAAAAAAACAAAACAGGCAACCUUCAGUAGUGGGAUCAAAAUAUCAGCGUAUAUAAACCAUUCCAGGACACCUUAUUUUUGUUUUGUUUUGCUUUUUCUCAUCAAAACAAAGCAGGUAGGUAUGUCUGUAUUUGUAGAAGGGCAAAGCAUCAUAGGAAUUAUAAUUAACAAUGAUGUGGUGUUACAUAUACCAGAUUUUUAUUUCUUUUGGGAAGUAUGAUAAACCAUUAAUAAUUAAAGGGAGACUAUAGUCAGCACAAAAACAACCGCUUUAUGUAGUGGUUCUAGUGUGUAUAGCAUAACCCUGCAGGCUCAGCAAUGUAGACACAGCCUCUAGAGGUAUUUCCUAUUUCAAUGCUGCACUGUGUGCAGAACCUACAUUCAGCAUCACCACACUCCACAUGGAGACGAUGAAUGAUCCCCUUGGAGAUGCAUUGAUUCAGUGCAUCUCUAUGAGGAAAUGCCGAUUGGAGUAGUGCGGCACUUGCAGCACAUGCACAAUAGGCUCCCAAUGCUUGCAUUUGAUUGGCUGAGAUCACCAAGAUUGAUUAUCUCAGCCGUGGAGGUGGGGCCAGUCAUGUCGAGACCAGUAUGGCGAUGGAGACAAGGUGAGUAAAGCUACCUUUUAUCUCCAAUCUGAGGGGGGGCAGGGACCUAAAUAUUUAGUCCAACAUGUUUGUAUUCCUAACACUAUAGAGUUCCUUUAAGUUGUGAGAUUCACUGAUUAUAUUCAGUAGUUCCCAACAUUAAUGUAAUUAUUUAUGACAGAAUGAGAAUCUAAUAAUUAAAGAGAUUUUUAUUUUUUAUUUUUAUUAACUCUGUUGAAAUAUUAGUUAAAUGAACCAUUUUCUUCAACCAUAUUUGCAAUAUGUACUCUUAAUACCUCUUUGGACAGUUUUUGUAAGAGUCAUAAUGUUAUAUGCUAUAGUAAUAUACCAUAAAUAAAUUCAUAGAAUACUUUAAGAAAGCCAAUAUUUUUCGAAGUGACUUUCCUUUCCAUUUGUGUCAACUUUAGACGAUAUGAUUUGAAGCAGAAGUGAGGAAUAUUCUUCCCCAAUCUACUUUCUAAAUGCUGUUCCUUCAAGUGGCAAGUUAAUUAUGGAACCCAAGGGAACAAUCUAGACUAGGCUCUCUUACUUUGCUUCUAUUAAUAGCUUCCAUCUAAUCCAUUCUGAAGUGGUAGUAAAGGAUUGUAGUAGACUAUAUUGAUCUUACCAUUUUAACCAACUCUUACUGCACAGGGUGUCUUCAAACUUCCAAACGUGUGUGUGUGUGUGUGUGUGUGUGUGUAUUCAUAAUCUCUGUGUGUGUCUAAAUGUGAUGGACACUUUUUCUGCAAAACAUUUUUAAAAAGUUUCUCUGCCUGGUUACUCAGCAGGAACCAAGCCAAAGUAAAAUAAACUGGGGGCACUCAGAAGAACUUUUAGCAAAAGCAUUGAACGUGUGUGUGUGUGUGUGUGUGUGUGUGUAUAUAUUUAAAAAAAAAAUAAUACAAAUCUAAAUAGUGUGCUGAAUCAGUGUUUCGUGACUCUGAGGACCUCACAGGGUUCUAUCAUCCAUCUCAUAUUUCAUCCAGCAUAAAUAUAUAAAGGUUCUAACUUGACUCUUAAACCCUAUAUUCUGUUCUAAGUGCCCCCUCCAGUACCCAAAUGGAAGAGGGUAACAAUGUUUAAUUGUCACAAAUGUGUAACUGUUAAAUUACGUUUUUGCUUUAUUCUAAAAGAUGCAUUUUUAAUCUGAAUAAUUGAAAACUUAAAAUUAUAACAUUGUUCUGAAUUGACAUUUAUUUGCAAACAAAUACAUAGAUAUAAUUUACAUUAGAGCAAUGUUGAUUUCUUGCAAUCUACCCCUUGGAGAACUUAAAAUCUUAGUCUAAACUCUUACAGAUUUUAUAGGCAAUCAUACCGUGACAACCUUUUGAAGAAAUUGUCUGUGUUCAUUUUGUCUAAAUAAAUUGUAAUACUUAGGCUUAGCAUUAACCUUUUAUUCAUUAUAUUCUGAGUUUCUUUCUUUUAGAUUGUAAUUAUCCAUUUACUUACAUGUGGCAUUUUAAAGCCUUUCACUCUCUCAUGUCUAGCAUGUGUCAGUGUUGAUUGUGUUUGGUUGAGUGACUGACUUCUGUAAGUGCAAAUUCUGACAUUACUCAGCAAAUGUAUUGUCUGUUAUGCUGUUUUUGUGUAAUGACUGGAUAAGCAUUUACUAUGUUAACUUUACUAUCUAGCAUAAAGCUCACUUUAAACACAAAACUAGCAAAUUGGAAAAAUUAUUUAGGUAAUAGCAUUUGCUUUGAAAGAUUCUCAAAACAUGCUGUAGUCACAUCUUAUUUUAAUUCUGCAUUUGAAAAAAAAUAUUCUAUUUAUUUAUUUAUUUACUACAAUGUUUAGAUUUUUUUACGCAAUACGAUUUUAUUCACUUAUUUAUUUUUUAUUUCAGACAAAUCUCUGCAAGCAUAUCUGACAAACCGAGACAUCUCUUUGGACAAAACUCGCCAAAGGAGCACUAUCCUGUUUGAUGGCAAAAUUUGUAUAUUCAUUAUGGCUGCUUUACUUGUAGGAGUUUGCCUACUUUGUAUGCAAUUGCAUAUGAUCAUCUGCAGACCAGCUUUAAGUGAAAAAAACUACAUGUCCACAUUCCCUUUUGUGAAUGAUGAAGAAAUUAGAAAGACUUCCUUUAAGAAUGUAUCUCAUCCAAAUGGUACCAGUCAGUAUUUGCCGCAUAUUUUAAUUAUCGGAGUACGCAAAGGUGGAACUAGAGCUUUGCUGGAAAUGCUUAGCCUUCAUUCUCACAUUUCUGCUGCUGAAAGUGAAAUUCAUUUCUUCGACUUGGAGGAUCAAUACAAGAGAGGUCUAGAAUGGUAUCUUGAUCAAAUGCCUUUCUCCUAUCCCCACCAGCUCACCGUGGAGAAAACACCAGCAUAUUUCACGUCUGAUGUAGUACCUGAGCGAGUUUAUAACAUGAACAGUACAAUAAGACUCUUGCUCAUUUUAAGAGAUCCCAUCGAAAGAGUUUUGUCUGAUUACACCCAAGUUUUUUAUAAUCACAAGCAAAAAAAUAAAUCUUAUCCAGCAGUGGAGGACCUGCUUCUGAAAAAUGAUGAACUAAAUACAGACUACAAAGCAAUAAACAGAAGUUUAUAUCACAUAUUCAUGGAAAACUGGCUAAAAUAUUUCCCUCUUAAAAACAUCUACAUAGUUGACGGAGAUCGCUUGAUCAAGGACCCCUUUCCCGAAAUGCAGAAAGUAGAACGGUUCUUAAAUCUUUCUCCUCAGAUUAACGUGUCCAAUUUUUAUUUCAAUAAAACGAAAGGUUUUUAUUGUUUAAGGGACAGUGGGAGGGAUCGAUGUUUACAUGAGUCCAAAGGCAGAGCUCAUCCCCAAAUCAAACCGUUCUUGUUGGGGAAAUUACGCGACUAUUUCCACGAACCAAAUAAGAAAUUCUUUGAACUGGUUGGACAAACCUUUGAUUGGCUCUAAGAUCUGAGACUUUAGGAUAGAACAUCCUAGUAAUGCAGCUAUAUAUUUAGAAUAUUAAGCUAUAAUUUAUUUGUACAUGCUUUAAAAAAUAAAUAUAUAUAUGUACAGCACUAGAUAACUAUUCCCAUAAAUGUAUUCUAUUUUUAUACUUGUGAAAUGUUUUUGUUAUGGGUUUUAAUAGUUAAUAAAUAUGCACUCAUUUUGGAAUACAUAU